UGACGGCGCACAGCGACUUUUGCUGUAUCUUCGGAAACCGUGCAACCGAGUACGAUGUGAUUUUUUUUGUGGGGGGCGGGGCGUUCAGAGCGGUGCGUGUUUGGUUACACGCAGACGCCAGCCGCCACCGAGGGCGGAAAGGCAGGGAAUGUGUUAUUCCCCGUCGAGGGAACGGGACAGAAACUACAACUCCCGGCAUGCCGCGCGGGCCGCGCAUGCGUCGUUCCUGCCCAACGUGGCGGGCAUGCGUAACUAUGAUGGCCCGUCCAUAAGGAGCAAUAGGUGAGUGAUAGCCUUCAUGAAUACUGAAGAAGACCAUGUCUAUGAUCCUGUUUGCCUAUGUGGUCCGGGUGACGGAUGGGCUUCCUCUCUCUGCUUCUACAGACUUUGAGUGCAGCAGGGAGCUGCAGGAGUGUAAAAAGCAACUGAAAGUUGUGUCUAAAAUGCUUGGACAGUUUCCUGGCCGUGGCACUGUGAAGAGCAAUCAGCUUCACAUACAUUUUACCUCUUCACAGGGUAUCGCCUACAUGACCAUCUGCUGUAGCUACUAUCCCACAACGAUGGCAUUUUGCUUCUUAGAGGAACUUGGAAUGGAGUUUAUUUCUUCCUUCGAGAUCGCUAAAAUUCACACGGUUUCAAGACCCUACGCUUUUCUUGAAUUUGAUAGUGUAAUACAGAAGAUAAAAUGGCACUAUAACUAUUCAAACCGGCCUUUGUUAAAAAUUAGUGUGACCAAUAUCCAGAGGGAGCUAAAGGUGACACCACCCCGCCAAGUGAAUGUGGAUGAUAUCGUUGUUUCCAAUGGGACGUUGAAUGGACACCUGCUUUUGCAGUCAAGCUCUGCACCCAUAUACAGACUAGAACCAGUAAGUGCAGUUGGGAUCCUCUCGGUUAUCCUUAAUAUAAUGUGUGGAGCUCUCAACCUGAUCCGUGGAGUUCACCUCAUAGAACACAAUUUUCAGGACGGUGAUGAAGAAAAGGGCUCAGUUAUUGCAUUUCUUGUAGCUUUUAUUACCUGUGUAUUCCAGUGUUACCUGUACCUGUUCUUCGUCUCAACAAGGAUGGUCAAGGCAGCCGGAGCGUUUAUUCUCAUUUGUAUAUGCAAUUCUUAUUUAUUUGGGCUGAGGAACGUUUGGCAGAUUCUCUUCCACUUAGGGGUGGCCUUUCUGUCCACGCAUCAGAUAUUGUCGAGAAAACUCGCUGAGAAACAGCCUGAUUGUGGAGUUUGAUACUCGAGUACCUGGGAUCAAGGACCCAUUCACACUGAUGGAAAGGAAUCACAACUAAGUAUUCUCAAAUGUGCCUUCAGUAUGUUUAAUAAUUUUGUCGUCAUCACCACAGAAACAAAACUCUUAAGACUUCAAGAUGGGAACAUAAAUUGGUCCUCAUUCCCAAAUGAAUUUUUUUUAGGAGGAGAGGAACGUAAUGAGUUCUUUACAGUGUGUUACCUUACAAAUGCUUAAUGUUAAUUUACAAGAUCAGUGUGGGACUCUAAAACUAUAUGAACAUUGAAGUCAUGUGGUGCUCAAUGAAGAAGUCCAGAUGACAAGUUAAUUUUCAAGGAAAGCUGGUUUACAGGCAGAGAGCUAUUGGACAAGAGAAAUGCGGAUGUAUUCAACCCUUAUCUCAAAGUCAUGCAUUCUGCUCUUACUUUAUAUUUCUGCUAUAAAUUACUACAUCCAAGUUUAUGAUGGCAAUUGCCUGUGAGCACCUGCCUCACUGUCAUUGGUACACUGUUACCAGUAAUGGUACUGCAGUGUCACUACUUUGAAGAGGUGUAACUAGAAGAUGAUAGGUUUACAUGUGCAGGCUCCAUUCUAAGUGUGGAUGUAAGCAAAUUCUAAUAGGAAAAGGGAGAAGUAUGUGUAAAUACAUACGUUUUAUUUAUAAAUGCAAAGAUGGUACUACUGAUAAAUGACUCUAUAUAAUACAAAUGGUGAGUUUAGCAUAUUGUCUAAAUGUUAAGUUAGAAAGCCUUUGUCCAGACAGCUGGAUCUUAAGUUCUUUCACCUUGCAUUGUAGGUGCCGGAUUCAUAUUCAUGUUUAACUGUUUUGAGUGAAGUGAGUUUUCAGUGUUGAAAGAUUUUGUCUUGUGCGUCAGGACAGAAUUGCAAGAAUACCAGAUCUCACUGGGAGCGACAACUAAUGCAUGAGAAGGCAUUGAAUGGUUGGCAAGGCGUUGCAUGGAGAAUGCUUGGAGGAGCAGUUGACCCCUGAGCUUUUGUUUCAAUUCAAAAUAGGAAAAUUGUCUCUGAUUGAUCAUGGCAUUGCUAAGGUGAAUGCACCAGGGGAUAUUUGUCCCAUAACCUUGUAUUUAGUUGGAAAAGGCACAGUGAAGAACACCUUCUUUCUAUUUAUGAAGGACAAUGCCCUAUUUAUGAAUAAAUGUAGCUUUUAGCAGGGGUAAGUAAGUCAUGUUGCAAACUUAGAACAACUUUAGAUAUGACUCCAUGAUUGAACAACACUUACUAAACAAUCCUGAUCAUGUAAUUCUUGGCACGAACAGUCAAUUUAAGAUUAUAUGUUGGGCUUGCAAUUUGCUAUUUUUGUGUUUCAGUUCUGACAAAUGCAAGACAACAGCUUCAACAGGAUGGCUUUUUAGUCCUGCAGUACUCAAGAUUAACAAUUAUUCUUGGGGCAGAUCAGGGGAUCAAGUGUCAGAAUUUAAUCCAAUGGUUCACAUUUCCAAAUGUAGUUAUACUGUCUGGGAGGAAAGGUGAUGUGAUUUGUCUGACAUCACCUGUUUCAGUAGGCUGGCUUUUUGUUUCAUUCUGAGGUUGGGCUAACGUCGUGCCGUGUUUUUACAACUACAUAAUCACCCUCCUUCCUCCUGCAGUAAGGGUGCCCAAAUUAUUCAUAUCCAUCUUUUCUGUGCUGUGUGAUACAACACAGGUGAAAAUGUUCUGAAGGAGAAGUGGCAUGCUUAUGGAAGAAUGGGAAUUGGUGAACUUAUUUUAAUAACCAGUGACUCAUAGAUGAUGGAAUAAUUAUGAUACAGAGAAAAGCCAUUCAGAUGUCAUGUCUGAGCCAGCUAAAAGGAAUGAAAAUCUCAUGCUUAUGUUUGAAUCAUAGAAAUGCUUCAGAUGAUAAAGGACCCCCAUUACUUGGUAAGUUUGCCUUAUUUAUUUAUUUUGCAGGAUGAAUUUUUUGGCAAAGGCAGGAUUGCGACUUGCGCUCACUCGAAGUUGCACCCUGAUGGGAUGGUGAUUGUAAGAAUGGCAUUGUGUGCCUGCAUGAGCUAAAUGGUAACAGCUUCCCAUUGAUCAACAGCCGUCAUAGAGUAUUGUCAGUGUCAAGGUCUGCUGAUGCAAGCAAAGUCGACCAUCCAGCAAUCCCACUCCAAGAUUAGGGCAGAGGAGGGGAGGUGCUGAAACACGAUCUGUAUUGUAAGCAAUAUUUAAUUUGUUUCGUAUUUACGUAAGUGGCAAAGCUGGCAUUAAUUGCCCUUCCCUGGUGCCCAAAAAGAUGAUGGGAGGAUCUGCCUGAACCACUGUAGUCUCUGUGAUGAAGAUCUUAUCAAAAGACUAUGUUAGAUAGAGUUUUCCAGGGCUUUGCACCCAACAACAAUGAAGUAAUGGUUUUACUCUGAAGUAUCUUGAAGUUAAAUGGUCUAUUGUUGUUUAUUUUAGUUUCAAUGCACAAAAUGUUGACUAGGAUUUUAAUUUCUUUUUUACAACAAUUAUUAUUGAAGGAUUUUUUUAAUAUGCAUUUUAUUUAUUCUACUUUAAAUGUCAUGCCUUGGCUAACAAUUUAAUGGAAGAGUGAUCUUGUGGAUGUUGCUCAAUGGCUUCCUUCUGUGCUGUAACAAAUUUUCGAUGUUCUAAUAUCACUGUACUUUGCAGGACCUACUCACAUUUUGGAACAAAAGGAACUGAUUUUUGUGAUCCAUGUGUUAAAUAGUGUGUUAAACUUGAUUAUGCACUGAGAGGCAUAAGUUUUAAAUGGCGGACGAAGCCAGUCUAAAGGGACUGCUCAAACCUAAUGCACAAUAGAAUCAUAGCAGAACACAGAAGGAUGCAGUCGGCCCGUCUAACCAGUGCUGCCUGAUAGCAAAAGCAAUACAAUCUCAUCCCAAUCCCUAAUCGUUCCUCUCUAUCUUUUGUACAUGCUUUCCCUUCAGGCACUUACACAGUUCCCUUUUGGAAGUGUCCAUUAAAUCUGUCUCCACUACAUUCCCAGGCAGUGCAUUCCAGAUCCUAACCACAAACUGUGCUUAGCGAAAGAAAGGAUUUUGCCUUAUGUUGUCUUUUGGUUCUUUUACCAUUCAGUUUGAAGGCAAUAGUUUCUCUCUGUCUGCUCUGUUUAGGACUCUUAUUAUUUAGAAUAUUACUAUCAAAUCUCCACAACCCUUCCUGUUACAUGUUUUCUCAUUACAUUAGCACUCAUCUGAUUAACCUCCUUUACCCUGCUUUCCAGAUAAUGUACAAAAAUCUAAUCUGAUGAUCUUCUUGUCAAAUUUCUUCAGAACAGAACAAGUCAUAAGCUUCAAACCGGUGUGGAAGUUCUAGCCCCUUGACAUUCAUGCCUAUUCUGCUGGUAUUGGGAGGAAUGUUCACAUUCAGGGUAAUAUAAGUGUGCUAACCUCAAGAGCAAGAGGACAUACACUCAUAUACAGCAUAACUUUGCACAAAGAAGUUGGACUGGUCAAAGGGUGGAAUCUUCACUCUGGCACUUAGUUAGCUCAUAGAGGGAGAUAGACAAGCCCUUUGGGGAAAGGGGAGGUUCUAAGAAGAAAAAUCUGUCUCCAGUUCAAACAAAGUGACAGAUCAAACCCUAUGAUGAAAGUGUCCCAAGAUUUCUCUAUGUCCCAGCAGUUUACAGUGAGUGUACCUGGGCAAAGAUCUCCGAGCUGAUGCUUUUCUUUGCUGAGUGACCUGGAGUUGGGGUCUGUGAAGGAGCCAGGUUAGUGAGAGGUUCUGUAAUUGGGAUUCUAAAUGAACUGUGUUAAUUUGUGAACAAUAAACUGCUGAGAACACCAGAGGGCUCUUGCAGUGCAUUGGUAGUCAGGAGGCCCAGGUUCAAAUCCCACCUGCUCCAAAGGUGUCUAAUAACAUUUCUGAACAGUGCAUGGGGUUUCAGACUUCGGAAAGAUGUUAAGGGGGUUUGUUUUGACUUUGGGGAAUAAAGUGGAUGAUUAUUGCUGCAGACGCUGGUUAUACAUCUCUUCCUGUUUUUGUUGAUCCAAGUGAAUGCCAACUCGAUAGUUUGGAUAGCCUGGUCCUGCUCCUGUUUCUAGAAAAUGUCUCUUGGGGACACAGGUGACCUCAGUGCCUAUCUUGUGCACUGACUAAAAAUGAGUCUGUGAAAUUGCUGCAGUAGAAAUGUUCAGCAGCCACAACAGCACAGUUCUGAGGAAAGGUCACUGGACCCAACAAGUUAACUCUGAUUUGUCUCCACAGAUGCUGCCAGACCUGCUGAACUUUUCCAGCAAUUUGUAUUGUUGUUUAUCUUACGUCGCCUCAUCGCUAAUGAAGUAUGUGUGCAGGGAAAGGUGUCAGGAAUUUAAAGAAAAUCAUCAGUCUUAUAUUUGUUUGAUUUAGAUAGGAAAUCAGCACCAAAACCCUAAAUAUUGCAUGUCCAAGAGACUAUAGUCACCAAAAUACUUUGAGAGCAACCCAGUUAAGCUUGGUGACUUGUCUUAAACAUUAAGCUUCAUAAAAUGUAGAGACGAGGAACUUGCUGCUUUGAGGUGAGUACUAAAAUGAAACUGCUCAUAUGACAAAGAUUUAGUGCAUGGGAUUUCAGACUUCGGAAGGAUGUUAAGGGGGGUUUGUUUUGACUUUAGGCAAUGAAGUGGAUGAUUAUUGCUGCAGACGCUGGUUAUAUAUCUGUUCCUGUUUUUGUUGAUCCAAGUGAAUACCAGCUCGAUAGUUUGGAUAGCCUGGUCCUGUUCCUGUUUCUACAGUGGAAGUGUUGUGUAACAUGUAGAUGAAACAAUAUUUCAUCACUUCACAACAGUGGCCUGACUCUAAAUCAGCGCCUUUUAUAACCACCUUCAUCAAUUUCAGAAGCACUUUAGGAAAAUUAGUAACUAUUUUCAGGGAAGCGCGUGGUAGGGGCCAGCAGGAGAUCUCAUUCAUUCUAGUAAGGGCCCCACAAUAUGGCUGAGGUCAUGCUUACCCAGUGGUUCAUUUGCUGUGGUUAAGCAUGAUAUGAAGCCUCCUUGUGUUUUUCUUGUGAUUACACCUGCAUUCACAAAGCUGUACCAGAAUGGUUGAUUUGCAGGUAGCUGGACAGAUUUUGCAAUGUGUGAGAGCAUAAGAAUUUUUAAAGUAUAGGAAAUUACCAACGUGUUCUGUUUUUGUACAUAAACUGCAUGAAUCCACCAUUUUGCUCCCAAAAUUCCUGCACAAUCGUGUGUGUGUGUGUGGCUGAUGAGCAGAAUGCCAUUAAUGAACAGGAAUGUCAGUACGUUAUUUAAACUAGUGCCUCUGUUGUGUAGUUUGAAGUAAUGAAAUUGCUUUGAAUUUAGAAGGUUUGGUACAAUACAAAGGUACGUUGAUCAAAUGAGGAAAAGCGAGGAUGAAAUACAGUUGAAGUAAUGGAAUAUGACAACAAACCAGAGGGACUAAUGACCUACUGCUCCUCCUGUGUUGCUGCAAAGAGGAUAUUAAUUCACUUUUUUUUCUCCUUUUUUUUUGCUAGCAUGACAGAUUUCACAAGACAACUCUUGAUCAUUGUAAUGUCAGAGCUCUGAGAGGCAGGACCUUUUUCAAAACUUACUAGUACACUGAUAGAUUUUAAAAGAAAGUGUCUCAAUAAUAGCAACAGGGGCUUUUCUUUUUUCAGAGCAAGUAUAAUUUAUGUGACCAGCUCUUGCUUUACGUGUUAUGUUACCUGGCCAUUUGUCUACAUGGUCUGUAGAAUCUGACUCGUUCAUUGAAUGCAGUGCAGUCAUAUAGUUAGAAAGGAUGAAAAAACCCAUUGAUAUUACUUUUCAUUCUAACUUCUAGACUCUUAAAUGUGGAGCAGUGUUGUAGCAUGUGUUAAUAACUCAUUGCUCGGGUGACACAAAAGUAGCUUUGCUACUUUAUGUUAACACAACUGCAGUGUGAUUAUCAAACCAUGUAUUUUCAAGGACAAACCAGCCUUGAUUUAGA